GAGCGGAAGGGACGCAGCGGAAGGGGAAGCCUCGGUGGCGGUAGCAGCCAUGCGGACCCGGCGCGGCACCGUCCUGCGGCCGCGGGCCGAGCCCGCCGAGCCCCCCGAUGACCCCGCCGAGGUGCCCGGAGGCCGCGCCGGCCCCGAGGAGCUGGCGGACGAUGUGGAGCGAUUCCACGAGGAGCAGUUCCGCGCCGUGAUGGCCGCCCUGGACAGCGGCGAAGAGGCCGGGGACAGCGAGGAAGAGGAGGAGGAGGAGGUGCUGGGUCUGCAGCUGCCUGACGACAGCGAGGAGGAGGACGAGGAGGACGAGGAGGACGAGUUGCAGGAUCGGAAUCCCUUUGUGGAGUACAGCGCAGAGGAGGAUGAGGAUGGAGAAGAUGAGGAAGGUGAGGAAGAUGAAAAUGAUAUUGAGGAUGGAGAAGAUGAGGAAGGUGAGGAAGAUGAAAAUGAUAUUGAGGAUGGAGAAGAGGAAGGAGGUGAGGAAGAUGAAAAUGGUGUUGAGGAUGAAGAGGGGGACCUGUCUAUGGAAAGUGACUUGGAGGAGCGCCAUCCCGAGGCCAAGCUCCCCCAUGAGCUCUCCUGGGGUCAGCGCAAGCAGCUCUACUAUGACACGGACUAUGGGAAUGAUGCCCAGGCCAAGGGCAAGCGGACCCAGCAAGAAAUCGAUGCUGAGGAGGAGGAAGAGGAGCAGGAGGCUCAAGUCAUCCAGAGACGGUUGGUGCGGGAUUUGGGGGAGGAUGAUUAUGGUCUGGACAUGAUCCAGGGCUACCUGGCUAAGCAGCAGAAAACCCAUGAUAGCAAGGGGCAGAAAAUUGAUAAGGAUCUGCAGGCCCUUUCCAAGAAGGAGCAGCUGAAGCUGCUGAAGCAGGAGUCCCCAGAGCUCCUGCAGCUGAUGGAGGACUUUGAGGUGAAGCUCAUGGAGAUCAAAGAUGAGUUGCACCCUCUGCUGCAAAUGGUCAGAGAUGGCACUAUCCCCCAGGGGAAGGGCAGCCGCUAUUUGCAGACCAAGUAUCAUCUCUACCUGAAUUACUGUGCCAAUAUCAGUUUCUAUCUGGUUCUCAAGUCCAAGAGGAUGCCAGUUCAUAGUCACCCAGUCAUCGAACGGCUGGUGGAGUACAGAAAUCUCAUCAAUGACCUAGCUGUCAUAGACCAAAAGCUUUCCCCACAGGUCCGUAUGCUUUUGAGGAACUACUAUGACAAGAAGGAAGAGAAGCUACGGAAGGAAAACAAGUUUUCAGUGUUUCUCACCAUGAAUGGCAACAAAACCAAACCAAAACGUGCCCCUGCACCUGUUAAUGGCCAGGCUGCUGCUGAGUCGUCGGAUGAGUCGGAGCUGGAUGAGGAGGCUGCCCUAAAAUACUACAGGAUGAUGGAGGAGAAGCUGGCACUCAAGAGGAAGAGAACUGGAGACGAAGAUGUGCCUGAAGAAGCAGAGGUGUCGGAAGGAGAGGAUCCCAGUAAAAAGAGAGGGGUGACCUAUCAGAUGAUCAAGAACAAAGGCCUCACGCCCAAGAGGCGGAAGAUCGACCGUAACCCCCGGGUCAAGCACCGGGAGAAAUUCCGGCGAGCCAAAAUCCGCCGCAAGGGCCAGGUCCGCGAGGUGCGCAGGGAGCUGCACAGAUACGCCGGGGAACUGUCUGGCAUUCGCGCCGGGGUGAAGAAGAGCAGGAAGCUAAAGUGAUAGUCAGCUUUUUGUCAGAGCUGCGAGUAGCAGUACUGAAUCCAAUAAAAAUUUUAUACACGA